AUGAGCACACAAUGGUUAGAGCAAGAGUAUCCCCGGGGUCAAAGAGAACGUAUUGUCAAAUUGGAAAUUGAUGAUAAGAGCUUGAAUGGUGCCUUAAUAUUGGAAGGUUUUAAUAUGUUGGAAGAAUUAUAUUGUUCCAAUAAUGAUUUAACUAGUUUGGACGUGAGUAAUUGCUCAAUGCUUACUUACCUCGAUGUAAAUCACAAUCGACUAUGUGAUAUAAACCUUCCUAAAAAUGAAGCAGGGUUAAAAUAUUUAAACUUGCUCAACAAUAACUUACCUGAACAGGAUUUAAAACGCUUUAGCAAUUUUAUUAAUUUAAAAGAAUUGCAUAUAGGGAACAUUGGAGAUGAUGAUGAGGUUUACAAUCAUUUUAAUGGUAGUUUGGAACCUUUGAAAGGUUUAACGGAAUUGGAAAUGUUAAGCAUCAAUAAUACUGAUAUUGACUCUGGUUUGGAAUAUUUACCAAUUAGUGUUAAAAGUUUACGAUGUUCAGCAGAAAGACCGAAUGCCAAAGUUAAAAGUUUAAAAAUGCAACUUGAGAACUUUGCUAUUGAUUUUCAGCAUGAGUUUCAGGGUAAAUAUCAUUUGAAAGCGUGGAGAGAUUACAUGAGGAUAGAAAGAGAAAAAGUGAUACUUCAAGAACAAUUGGAUAAUUUAAUUAAUGAGCUAACAUCAAAUCAAGAAGAACACCUAAACAUUCAACUAAUAGAAUUGGAAGUUAAGCAAAAAGAGUUAAAAGCAAAAAAAUUUCAAUUAGAGCAAGAAGUUAUAACACUGAAACAGCAAGUCGACGCUUCCAAAGCUGAAUUAGAGCAAAAAGAAAAGGAAUUAAAGAAUAAAGAAAUCGAUUUAAGAAAUUUAACUGCAAAGAAAUUAACAGAAAAGUUGCGGAAAGAGGAAAAUAAUAUAAAAAGAGACCAAGAUCUUAAAAGAGAAGUCAAGGUGGAAUUGGAAAAAAAAUUGGAAGAAGUCGAUAAAGUAUUGAGAAAUAAAAAAGAAUUCAUAACAGAUUUGAAUAACCAAAUAUUACAAAUCGGCUUCGAGAUCGACAGUAUUAAUACUGAGAAAGGAAAUUUAAAACGUCUCAAUGAAGGGUUGAAAAUGUGUGGAGGAAAAAACAGCGUGGAUUUAGGAAAUCAAUUGAAGAAUUUGAAAAAGGGAUUAAGUUCAAAGGAAUUACGGAAGAAAGUAAAGCAAAAAAAUGAUGAACUUGAAAAGGCUAGAAAAAAUGAGAGAAAACUCCAAGAAGAAAAAGAAAAUUUGUUAAAAACAAUAAACAAACUUCAGAAGGAAUUACCAAGCGCUGAGAUAAAAGCCCCCGAUUGUGAAAGAAAGGAUCAACAAAUGGAUCUAAUAGAAAUAGUUCCUCAAAUUGUAGCUAAAGAGGUGGAACUAAAAGAAUCAAUUAACAAUAUUAGGGAAGAACUUAGUAAAAAAAGGAAGCCUAAGUUAGAGGAACUUUUGAAUUUAUUUAAUGGUGGUGCUUCUGAUAAACUGGAAAAAAUCAAAAAAGACCUGUAUAUAGAAUUAUCCGAAGAUGUUAUUAAAGAUCUUCUAAAUAAGCAAGAGGAAGUCAAUAAAUUAUGGCGUCCUUGGAAAACCAAGGACUAA